CCUGUAAAUUUGUGAUAAGUAUAUCGUCGUUGGAAUCACAAAAAUAAUCACAAGACAACCAUGUCGAAGUAAAUCUUAUCGAUGGAAAAUGAGUAACUGCUAUAGCGAAGAUCAACAAAAGUCUUCAUUGAAAAAAUAUUAACAUUCAUUCAUUUAUACUGGAAUUUGUUUCAGUGUGUUAUGAAGUACAGAAAGAAGCAGAAACACAUCAUUGUGAUGACAACUGUCGUUAUUCUUAUUGCUGGUGAAAUAUACGGUAUGUUGAAGAAAUUUAUCCGUACAAAACAUAUAAACAAACUCAUGGGUAACCCAUACUUAUCCCAUUGUAUCAACAGAUGAACGGAGUCUUUCUUACUUCAAAGUUUCUCCUUCGUCGAAAUUGAUUUCGUCAGAUGACGUUUACAAGCAUAAUCACCGUGCACUCAAAUGGUUUUGGUCUCGAAGAGAUAUUCUUACACUGGACUUAUCUCAUCACCCUAUCAAGGGAAGACAUCUUUCCAAAGGAGGAGUGAAAGUUUGGAUUUAUCAACGGAAAACUAUUUCCGGAGAAAUAACCGUAUCGUUUUACCCGCACGUUUAUACUUAUAAAUUUAUAAAGCCCGAAUGCACCUUUACCAUGUCCUUGAAAUUUACAGGCUGGCGUGCCGUGUGGGUAAGCUUUCAAGAAUGCCGGCGAGGGCAACGCUUGCAUCCAUUAUACCGACUUCAAUUUCAAGCUCCCAACCAACACGUGGGUGUGUUAUAUUUUGACUUAUUGCACAUUGUACGGAGUAACUUUAUACGGCAAUCACGUGACAGUAUCGUUCCUCCAAUCAGAAGCACGCAGAUGCCAUCUAAUGUUUGGCAACAAACUUAUUACUGGAGUCAGGUAAAAUCAAGAACUGAAGUAUUCAACGACCUUGAAUUGAGCGAUGAUCAAUUAUAUCGCCUAAAGGAAAUUCGUUUGAUAAGCAAACGGCUAAGAGACUGGUAUGUAGUUCCAGGAAAGUCAACCUUUGAAUUGACUGGAAAAUACAAGAAGCGUCCCGGAUUAUUCUCCCACAACUCAGCUUUUGGUAAAUUAUCUGCAUCCUCCACAGAGAUAAAGUUUGGUUUUGUGUUUCGAGACAUUUUGUUGCCGCUUUCGUUUGAGUAUUUUUUUGCCAUAAGGAAAGAGGAAAUUCACAAAGCAAUCAAAUUAACAAUGUCCACUUACAAGAAGCAAAAAACACAAAAAGCGACACUAAAAAUGCUAACUUAUGACGACGAGGAGUUUAUGAAUAAAUUCGUUGAAAUGUUCGGUCAUUUACUCAGUGAGAACAAACUAAGCACAGCUUUAAAGAAAAUGAAUGAAAAAAGACUUUCACGAAUAUUGAGAAUCUUUGAGUACAUAGUAGAUCAAGGAUGGGACGAAGGAAGUGCCUUGGGAUCUCUAGAUCAUGAAAUGAAUCGAAGCAGUAAAGGUUUUGUGACGUCUAUAUUCUUGCUACGGAAACCGCUGUACAAAGCUGGAUUGCUACCACGCGUUAUAAAAAUCAUGAAAUGGUAUCUGGAAUUUGGUGAAUUGUACCAAAAGCCCUUUAAGUUCACUGGAACGACCGCUGACCGAUUAAGGACGUUGUUUUUAUAUCGUCUCAUGUGCGUAUUGGUCAUGCCAGAAACGACACUCCAAGAAGUAAUGCAAAAGUUGCACGACAUGAAAGCGCUGAAAGCCUGGUACGAAAACGCAUUGACGAUAAAUCCAGCUUUGGGUGGCACAAUAAAACCAGAUUUUACCGGAUAUCAUCACAAAUCCUUUUAUCCUAACGACUACGUAUUGCCAGGUCUUUUAACGGCAGCACACGUAGUAUAUUUGCUAAGGGGAACUACAUACGAGCUAUCAACACAAAGUCGUGAAAAUUUAAGAAAUGCAAUCAAUUUUAUGCGACUCUUAUCUGAAAAAUACGUCAUUCCAAACACAGUCACCAAUGCAUCGCCUACGACAGCUAAACCAGAAUUGAUUUGUUUAAUACCAGCCUUCGCUUAUGCUGCAUUGUGGGAGAAAAUCCCCGAGGAUCUUCACGAUUUACGUCUGAAGCAAGAACAAGAACGAAACGUUAGAUUAUCGUCUAGAAACAUGUACAAGCCAUACUUAGUGAAUAUGAUCUUAUCAAAUAGGCCAAGAAUAUACAGUGAAGUAGUUGCCUAUCCACAUCAGAUUUUAGACUACCACAAAGAUAAUCCAUUUCUGAGAAAUACACAAAAUAAAGAAAGCCUUCGAGCAUUUUUACGUUUGCUAAACGAGAGCGAUGACAACGUUCAACGAUAUUUAGGUCGUGGUAGAGGUUGCUCUUGGAAGACAUCUUAUAUGCACACCCUUGGUUCACUUUCAAUUUUGUAUGAAUAAAAGCGUGCAAAGGAGCUCGGGAUACAGGCGGAAGUCACCCCACAAGGAAACUGGGCAAAGAACUUUGCCGCUUUGUCCAUCCACCGUCGCGAGGCCUGGGUCAUAACGGUAAAAGGGUUCAAUAAUUUCGUGUGGGGAUCUGAAUCAGCAGUUGAUCAAAACAAAUAUGGCCGCUAUCAAAGCUAUGGACAACUUUUGAUUGUAAAUACUGAUCAAGGAUUAAAGGCACAUGAUAUUGAGCGCGGCUGGGACUGGAACAGACUUCCAGGUACGACCAGUUUGCGCAUGCCUGCAAGACAACUAAAAACAAAAAAGUCGCGAUACUACAAUCCCAAAAGCCUUUGUGGAGGCAUCAAUUUUCAAGGGACUAGUCGUUACAGGAAUGGAGCUUUUACAAUGGAUUUUGAGAGGCCUACGUAUGAAGAUGAAGUUGCAAGAUUUUGGUUCAAGAAGUCCGUAUUUUUCUACGAAAAUCUGGUUUUGUGUUUAGGAAGCAACAUACGGUCUAAAAGCUUAGGGCUGAAGCUUUAUGAUGUUGAAACAACCCUGUUUCAAAAUACUCCUGGAGAUAAAAUGACGUUUAUCAAAGCAAAUGGAUACAACAUUCCACUGGGCCUGAAUCAGCCUUCCAGGUGGUUAACUUGGGGUAAAAUUCGCCAGGAAUGUUGA